AGUGAAUAUAAAGUUUUAAAAAACCAAAACAAAGAGAAACAGAGAGAGAGAGAGAAAGCUGUCUGAAGAGGGAAGCCCCACCAGUAGCAGCCAGUUCUUAUUUGGAUUUGACUAGUGCUGCUCGUGUCUCGCUUUACUCCUAAAGACUGCCUUUAAUGGAAUCAAUUACCCAGUUUCCUUUAUAACUGAGUCUACUGGCAAGGCAGCUUCAACAUAUUAUGGGCAACUGUGUGAAGUCUCCACUGAGAAACCUCUCGAAAAAGAAGAUCCACCAUGAGGAGAAGACAUGCUAUAAGGCUGUCCAGACGAGCGAGGAGGGGUCGUCGGGCUGCGAGUACCAGGGCCCACUCAUGGUGCUGGCCCAGAACUGCGCCGUGAUGCACAACCUCCUGGGGCCAGCAUGCAUCUUCCUGAGGAAGGGCUUCGCAGAAAACAGGCAGCCAGAUAGAGAGCUGCGUCCAGAAGAAAUAGAAGAGCUGAAAGAAGCAUUCAAGGAGUUUGACAAAGACAAGGAUGGCUACAUCAACUGCCGGGACUUGGGAAACUGUAUGAGGACUAUGGGUUACAUGCCUACUGAAAUGGAGCUUAUAGAAUUAUCCCAACAAAUUAACAUGAAUUUGGGUGGCCAUGUAGAUUUUGAUGACUUUGUGGAGCUGAUGGGACCAAAGCUUCUGGCAGAGACAGCAGAUAUGAUUGGGGUCAAGGAACUACGAGACGCUUUCAGAGAGUUUGACACCAAUGGUGAUGGAGAGAUUAGCACUACUGAACUACGAGAAGCUAUGAAGAAACUACUUGGACAACAGGUGGGGCACCGGGACAUAGAGGAUAUUAUACGAGACGUAGACCUGAAUGGAGAUGGACGAGUGGAUUUUGAAGAGUUUGUCAGGAUGAUGUCCCGCUGAAGACUGUUUUGGGCUAAAAAUUAAGCCGCAUCUGAAGGUAGAAAAGGGCCUGAAUGGAGCAUCUAGCCCUAGUGUUCCUAUGCAAAGAUUGACACGCCGACUGCACGUGAGUCAGUGCAAUACAAUGACCUGCCUCUCCGACCCAAAGUGGCCCUGAUGCUCCUUCACCUUUCCACACUGUGAAAAGACUUGCAAUCUGCUACAACUGGAACCGCUGCUCAGAGAAGCUAGCCAUGGGAAAGCUGCACUCUGGGAGCAGCCUCCGAGCAUUUGCAACCUGAUGAGACCUCCUUCCCUGCUCUUACUCUUCCACCAACCGCUGCAAAGCAACAAGAGGAGAGUUUUUUCCCAGAACUGGUGGCUUACAGCGAGGCCAUCCAGGAUUGGUGCCUGCCACAGACUGUGCUUUGCGCCUGUUUUUCCUUGGUGAACUGAGUCUGUGUGUGCUGCCUCCAUGUAUGUGUGUAUAACGUUAUUUAUGCCUCCUUGGAAUGUUUAUGUGUCUCCCAUGGGUAUGUUAAUAAGAGAAAAGACAAAUAUAUGUUUUUUUUGGAGGGGAUCAGAUAAAUAUAAAAAAUAUGAAACUUU